GUUAUGAUUUAUACGCCCUAGGUAGUGCACUGCUCAGAGAUAGGGGACUGUAUUUAGAUUGCGGCCGAUUGUGUUUGAUAGUUUACAUGUCUGUUGGUUUGUUGAAUGUUUUGGAGGCUUCAUUUCGUUUGACGGAAUUGGAUUAUGAACUCAUUGGUCAGGCUAUGAGCAGGUGGAAUGGAAAACCCCAACUGUCCGGAUGCAAAUCCUUCCAUCCCAGAUGAGCACUCUCUUAUCGAAGGGGUCAGUGACCCAGUGCUGUUUGUGGUCAUCUUGUGUGUGACAUUCCUGGCUGGUCUGGCCACACUGCUGUGCAGGAAUGAGCAGCAGAGGAUCCACCCUGAGAAUCAAGAGCAUGUGCGAGCAGUUCGACAGCAGCUACAGACUGAGCAGGAAGCAGCAUCACAAACACCGAGACAUCAGUACUACUCAGACAUGUCCUGUCCGGUGUGUCUCCAGCAGGCCGUUCUCCCCGUAGAGACUAACUGUGGUCAUCUGUUCUGUGGUUCCUGUAUUAUUGCCUACUGGCGCUAUGGCACGUGGCUCGGAGCCAUCAGCUGCCCCAUCUGCAGACAAAUAGUGACCCUGCUGUUCCCGCUUUUCCGUGGGACGGAGCAGAGCGCUCAGACGCAGGACGGACAGCCGGACGCCGACCUGAUCCUCAAUGACGUCAACGAUUAUAACCGCAGGUUCUCAGGGCAGCCCAGAUCUCUCCUGGACCGUCUGCGUGACGUCCCCACUCUCCUCCGCCACGCCUUCAGGGAGAUGUUCUCGGUCGGCGGACUCUUCUGGAUGUUCCGGAUCCGGAUCCUGCUGUGCCUGGUGGGGGCGCUGACCUACCUGGCCUCUCCGCUCGACUUCAUCCCCGAGGCUCUGUUCGGCUUGCUCGGCUUCAUGGACGACUUCUUCGUCAUCCUCCUCCUCUUCAUCUACAUCUCCAUCAUGUACAGGGAGGUGGUGACACAGAGGCUGGCCGGCUGAGCGCCAAACACUCAGCUGUGGUCAGUUCUAAAGGGUUUACAGUUUUAUCACUGAGUGUGUGUGUGUGUGUGUGUGUGUGUAGAUGAGUGAGUGUCAUAUAAUAUUCAGCUUAAAUAAUUAAGGUCAGAUCAGGAGCUUCUGUCCUUGUAAUAUAAAAUACAUACUGCACAUAGGAGGUUUAGUUCUUUUGUUUGUUUUUGUUUGUUUGUUUGUUUGUUUGUUAUAGUAGAAAUGAUCGUGAUUGGCUGGCUCGAGUGACCAAAUGAGACAAAGAAACAAAGCGAGUGAAUGUUACUCUGCAGCUCAAGCGCUGCGUAAGAUAUCGGCAUCACCGAAACGUUAGCUCGGGAGAAAUUAAACCGAACUUUUUCGCUAGCUCGCUAAUUCAAAUCGUUAUUGUUUUAGUUUUGUGCAGAAAUUUCUAUUUAUUGGAAUAAAAGUCUUAUAAAAAUGAAUGAAAUCCCUCCUGCUCGAUACUAGCUUGCCUCCUGUGUUAGUUAUAGGAGCUUUAUAUCUUAAGUGGGUCUCAAAACCCACUGAGGUAAAAAUGACUCGAAAACUGUCAUGUGUUUAAAGGGGCGAUAUGUAAUCUAUAAAGAUGUUAGAAAAAGAUUAACACAUAAAUAAGUGGAACAGCACCCUUUUUAUUAAAGCGUACGUUUCUUAAACAUUCACCUUUUAAGGAAAAUGAACAGAAGAGAACAGUAUAUUCAAGCUGGGGGUGGAGCUUAUUUCAGGCCCAGAAAAAUAAAAAUGUACGUAAAUGCGGCAAGACAUCAGAUUCAGUGUAUAGUGAUAUUGCUAAACACAGGGGACUGAUAUAGCGGCCAUUUUAUUAAAGUGUUUUAUUUAAAAGCCUCUUUUCAGACAGUCCAGACCUCUUUCUCCUGAUUUGCCUUUAAAUAUAAUUCAGGUUUGAGUACAAAAUGUAAACUUUUCAUUUUCUAUCAUCAAGUUGUGAGUAAACAGAGCUGAAAACGUGGGGAAAAAACAAACUAAAACAAAGCUGUAAUUAUUUGCACUUAAUUACUCACUUGAUUAACUUACUUUUCAGAAUUGAACUGUAACAAUAUGGGACAUGAAACUGUACCAGCUGGAGGAGGUUACUGCAAUUAAUUCAGCUUAAUUCAUCCAAAAAUCGAAAGGGAAACGUAGGUUUGCGUGAAAUUGUGUUCAGAAUUCAUUUCUUUUUAAGCCCUAUAGAGGGAGCCAUAUUCAGUCCCUCCAGGAUUUUUUUAAUAUAUAUAUUUUUUUUAUUAUUUAAUUUUUUAUUUUUGUGAUUGUUGGAGACAAAAAACAUUUGAUUUUGCUGCUGAUUAUUUCUUUCUUUCAUUUUUUUUUUUUUUUUUACUUUUUUUCCCAAUAUAUUUUCAAUUUAUUUUCAUUUAUUUUCUUUUUUAUUUUCAAAUUUCUUUCAAAUUUUUUCCAAUUUAUUUUCAAUUUAUUUGCAUUUUUCUUUCACUUUUUUUCUAAUUUAUCUUCAGUUUUCUUUCGAUUUUGUUUUCAAUUUGUUUUCAAUUUUCUUUCAUUGUUUUCCCAAUUUAUUUCCAGUUUAUUUUCACUUCUUUUUUUUUUUUCGCGAAACACUACUUGAAUCUGUGAAACUGCAAAUCUUCAAGUCUGCUUGAUUUUCUCACUCGACCACAGUCACAGUCUUACUAAAGGAAGCUUUAAAACUAGAUGAUUAUUCUAGAGCUAGGAAAAAGGUUUGAACAGUUACAGACUGCCGCUUUAAGCGAGUUAAACAGAAUAAGAUCUCCUUGGGUAACAGGGUUGAAGAACAACAUCAGAACAAACCAGUCAUGAUUAUUUCUGAAAAUAUUUCAAUAACUAAACCUCCUAAACCUGUGGGUGUAGAAUUAUGACUCUGAGCCUUUUUGUUUGUUUGUUUCUUUUUAGAUUUUUUAAACUCUGUAGUUAAAACUAUAAGGAACCUGAAUGCCAUGGAUUUUACAUAUUAUAUUUGAUCAAAUUUUACUUCAUUAUAUAUUCGUUUUUAUUAACUGUGAUAUUUGGCAUGUUUGUCAUUCAUAACAUCAUACAUAAGCACUUCUUAUAGAACUUAAGGUACUUAUAGAUAUAUGAAAAUAUAAAAGUCAAAUAAUAACUAAAUAAAUACCAUUAAACAAUUCAUUUAAAUUUUUGUUC